AUGUCCCCUGCAAAGGGAAAGGCGCUCUGCUGGUUCCUUCUUUUUGAUGCUAUGGAGACAUGUGCUCCCAGCAGUCCGCAAGGUGUUGUUGCAGAGUCUCUUGAGUCAGGUCCAUCGCCUUCGCUCGCCCUGUGUCUCUGUUCACGUGACCAGAAAGCCGUGGCCCGCCUCGAGUUGCGCUCCCCCGCUUACUUCGCAAUGGCACGCCCGACUCUGCUGCCUGCUGUCGCCGUGCUGGCUGGCCUUCUGCUUCGUGGGCAGCCCGCAGACGCCCCGCGACUGCAGCCGCGUGCCCGCGCGCGUGAGCGCCGAGACUCCGAUGUGCCCUUUAACGCCGGGGCGGCCUCCGGUGCUGGUGCCUCCGUCGAGUUCAAGAAGCGCCCCUUCGGCAUCCUUCGCUACCAGCCAGGCGAGGGCAUGAAGGGCGCCAUGGCCAUGGAGAUCAUCCCCAAGUCCCGCUACCCGGGCGACCCCCAGGGCCAGGCCUUCGCUUCAGGUGUGCAGAGCGGCUGGGUUGUGCAGUCCAUCAACGGCAUGAACGUGCAGAACGAGGACUUCGGCAAGAUUAUGGACAUGCUGGACGACGAGGUUGCGGACCCUCGGUUCUCUAAGUCCACGGCCUUGGCCCUGGAGAAGCAGGGUGGUCGCAUGGCCGAGCCCGUGGAGGCACCUCUGUCUGUGGUCUUCUCCUCCAUCCCAGGCUACGUUUACAAGGGCGCUCAGCUGACGGAGGAUGGCCAGGAUGGCUUCGCCCGCUGA